AUGCCGAAGAUCUGGAGAUUGGAUGGCAGAGUAAACAGUAGAAUUAAUGAAGAUGGAACAGUCCAGUUUUUCUUCAAGCAAGCCCACCACCUUAAUACUGUUUAUGAAGGAGGCCCCUGGACCUACAAGGAUUGGCUGAUAAUAGUUGAUAAGUGGUCUAGGAGACAUUACCCCGAUUACCUUCGUGUUCUUAAAUUUUGGGUAAAAAUUCACAAUAUCCCGGAUGACUCUAGGAAUAACCGUGCGAUCACUGAAAUUGGGGAGAUAUUAGGAUCUGUAGAGGAAGUUGUUAUCCAAGAGCCUAAUAUAAAUCAAGCUGGGGAGGUUAUGGUGAGGGUUAAAGUUGAUGCCACCAGUAGACUCAUAUUUGCUCGCUUCUUCUGUUUUGAGGACCAGAGUGAGCCUACCAUUGUCAGAUUUACUUUUGAAAAGCUUAGAAAGUUCUGCACUAUGUGUGGUAGUCUCUCCCAUCUAGCUACAACAUGCUUGGUUCAUGAUCAACAGAUUGAAAAUAGCCCCAUCCUAGAACCUGCUGAUGAUACAAUGGGAGAAGCAGCUAGUUCCAAUCCAAAUAAUGAAAACUUAGAACAACAUCUUCAGAUGGAUCAAGAAAGAGAUCUUAUGGAUCUUAUAAUCCCGGAAGNUGCACCACCUUAA